UGACGAACGUCUUGGAAUGUACGAUGGCAGGAAUUUAAAAAACUCACAGAUUCUGAUCAAAAUUCGAAUCAUCCUUUGAACUGUCGAGAAUCUGUUAUAUGGUUUCAGUUAGCCGAACAUCUCUUGUCUAAAAAAAGAAGGCGAAAAAUGGAUAGGAAGAAAAAAGGAUUGCAAGGCCUGACAGUUUAUCUAGAAGAUUCUUUGGCUUUGCUGUGUAGCUUUAAUUUCUUAAUAGAAGCGGAAUACCUAUCGGUGGACCCUUACAUGAGGGCUUUCACACCUGCUCUAAUAGUUGGCAAUAUUAUGAUGGGUACUCAAGUAGGUAAAAUUAUAGAAUCUAAAAAUCCUGGUUUCCCUGUUGGUCGUCGCGUUGUCGCAAACGUUGGUUGGAGAACACAUACUAUAAUUGACGAAAAGACUAUUGCCAAGAAUACAUGGUUGGAGACUCCAUAUUUAAUGCCUGACUUUGGGAAUUUACCGUCAUCACUUGGCUUAGGAGUAUUAGGAAUGACUGGAAAUUCGGCUUACUUUGGAUUACUCGAAAUCUGCAAGCCAGAGAAAGGCAAAACCAUUGUCAUUAGUGCAGCAGCCGGAGCUGUUGGAUCUCACGCGGGUCAAAUAGCUAAAAUUUAUGGUUUAAAGGUUAUUGGAAUCGCUGGCUCGGAUAUUAAGUGUAAAUGGAUAAAGGAAGACUUGGGUUUUGAUCAUGUAAUAAAUUACAAGACACAGGAUAUCGACGCUGUCCUAAAGGAGGCUGCACCAGAGGGUGUUGAUUAUUACUUUGAUAACGUAGGAGGAGCCACGUCCCGUACAGUGACAACACACAUGAAUGCAUAUGGAAUAAUUGCUGCAUGUGGAUGCAUUUCUUUCUAUAAUGCUGAUCCGAAUACUGUACCGGAAUCUUGUGUUAUACAAACAGAGUUUAUUAACAGGCGAUUGAAGAUGGAAGGUUUCGUCGUGUACCAGUGGUAUGACCGAUGGUUUGAAGGCAUAGAAAAGAAUAUUGAAUGGAUUCGACAGGGAAAAGUGAAAUACAGAGAAACCAUCACUCAUGGAUUUGAAAAUAUGUUUGAUGUAUUCAUAGGGAUGCUACGUGGUGAAAACAUUGGAAAGGCUAUUGUUAAGGCAUAAGAAAAUAAAUACUGUACAAAAUUGAGUUCUGUGAUUUACAUAUGUGAGCUAUAAUUUGCAUGAAUAUUAUGGAAAAAUGUAGAACUACAGUACUGUGAAAUAAACUUCAUAACUAAUAAAUAAUAAAUACUUCAUAGAA